AAGUGCGCCCUAAACAUGCAUUCUUCCCCAACGAUUGGCUAACCUCCUCGCGCUGAUGGUCAUCUUUAUUAUCCAACUGUUGUUACCUAAGUCUCUUUCUAUCACCGGAGGAAGAUUCUUUACCUCUCCAGAUUCCCAGACCAUCAGAUACAUAGGUGAGACAUGCCUGCGGUCCCCUCCCUUAAAGACAACAGCGUCCUGGGCCCUGUGUGCCCGCACGCUGCCAGGCUACGCGUCACCAACGGCAAUGGGGACGCCAACGGAUCCUCCAAGAUCCAGGAAGGGCUGUUACAACUCCCAACCAAGGGGGGCGUCAGAGACAAGCUAGAGGUGGAGGACGUGACUGGAACCAUCCAGGCGGUGGGGGAGAGGAAGUGGAUCCGUCCCGACCUUCCUAGCCGGUGCACCUGGAGACUGGGGGGCAACCACGCCGACUCCCCCCACACCCAUCCUCAACAGACCAAAGCUCCUAAAAUCCUCACCAACAUCCUCCGGAGGAUCGGUGACACCCCGCUGGUGCGCAUGAACAAGAUCCCCAAGACCUUCGGCCUCAAGUGUGAAGUCUUGGCCAAGUGUGAGUACUUCAACGCGGGCGGCAGUGUGAAGGAUAGAAUCAGUCUGCGUAUGGUGGAGGAUGCAGAGAGGGCAGGACAUCUGAAACCAGGAGACACGAUCAUAGAGCCCACCUCAGGCAAUACAGGUAUCGGUCUGGCUCUGGCUGCAGCUGUGAAGGGUUACCGCUGUAUCAUUGUCAUGCCUGAGAAGAUGAGCAUGGAGAAGGUGGAUGUUUUGAGAGCCCUGGGCGCAGAGAUCGUCCGUACUCCCACCAGCGCUCGUUUCGAUUCACCAGAGUCUCACGUGGGCGUGGCUUGGCGUCUGAAGAACGAGAUCCCCAACUCUCACAUCCUGGACCAGUACCGUAACCCUAGUAACCCCCUGGCCCACUAUGACACCACAGCAGAGGAGAUACUGGAACAGUGUGAUGGGAAAGUGGACAUGCUGGUGGCAGGCGCUGGCACAGGCGGCACCAUCACUGGCAUUGCCCGCAAACUGAAGGAGAGGUGCCCCAACAUCCAGAUCAUCGGUGUGGACCCUGAAGGCUCCAUCCUGGCUGAACCAGAGGAGCUGAACAAGACAGACAAGACCCAGUACGAGGUGGAGGGCAUCGGAUACGACUUCAUCCCCACUGUACUGGACCGAUCAGUGGUGGAUAGCUGGUACAAGUCCAACGAUGAGGAGUCCUUCAACAUGUCCCGUAUGCUGGUCAGAGACGAGGGCUUGCUGUGUGGUGGCAGCUCGGGCACGGCCAUGGCAGCGGCGGUGAGGGUGGCCAAGGACCUGAAGGAGGGCCAGCGGUGUGUGGUCAUCCUGCCAGACUCCAUCCGCAACUACAUGACCAAGUUCCUGAGUGACAAGUGGAUGUUCCAGAAAGGCUUCCUGAAGGAGUCAGACAUCAUGGUAAACAAACCCUGGUGGUGGAACCUGAAGCUGCAGGGGUUGAACCUCUCUGCCCCUCUGACCGUCCUGCCCACGGUCAGCUGUCAGAAGACCAUCAAGAUCCUGAAGGAGAACGGCUUUGACCAGGCCCCUGUAGUGGACGAGGCUGGGCUGGUCCUAGGAAUGGUUACUUUGGGGAAUAUGCUGGCCUCUGUGCUGGCUGGGAAGAUCAAACCCUCAGACCCAGUCAACAAGGUGAUCUACACCCAGUUCAAACAGAUCCGUCUGACUGAUAACCUGGGGAAGCUCUCUCGUAUCCUGGAGACGGACCAUUUUGCCCUGGUGGUACACGAACAGAUCCAAUACUUGACGGACGGCUCCCCCAGCCUGAAGCAGAUGGUGUUUGGUGUGGUGACGGCCAUCGACCUGCUCAACUUCGUCACGGCCAGGGAGAAGAGGGAGAGGUCCUUCUCUGAGUGCAGUGACCUGUGACCGUGUCCCCGUGACGGCUGGGUCAUGUGCGCACAAACACCUCGUGCACACACACACGGAACACGUUAAUUACACCUACAGCUCACAGCCAUACACAAACACACUGUGAUAUUAACGACAAUAUAAAGAAUAUGAGGUCGUAUGAACUUGAUUGGUGGACAAACUGUUGUUGCUGCUUUCUCAUGACGUGAGUCAUUUAGCAGAUGCUCUUAUCCAGAGCGACCUACAGAUAGUGAGGACAUACUGUUCACCCCCAACUGGUCCCCCGAGGGAAUCCAACCCACAACCCAUUUUCAUACUGUUCCCCCCCAACUGGUUCCCCGUGGGAAUCUAACCCACAACCCAUUUUCAUACUGUUCCCCCCCAACUGGUCCCCCGUGGGAAUCCAACCCACAACCCAUUUUCAUACUGUUCCCCCCCAACUGGUCCCCCGUGGGAAUCCAACCCACAACCCUAGCGUUGCAAGCGCAAUGCAUUCAUAUGAAAGUCUUAAAUCUUUGCUAUAUUUUGCGAUCUUGAUCAUAGAAUGUAGACACUGCCUACAGAGGGAAUUCCCAUGUUGCUUUGUGAUGGCUAUUUAAAUGAUCAGACUGUGCCCCAUCCCAUGUACUGAACCAAUAAUUGUGAAACCAAUCUUUACUGAAAAAAAAAAUGGUUUUAAUUGUGAAAACAUCAAUCAAUGCAUUUCAACGCUAUGCAUAAUGACACAACCCUGCACAAUUACAACAGGUUUGGGAAACAGACCUGUAUGUUGAUGUGUUUUUUAAAGGUCCAAUGCAUCUGUUUUUAUCUGGAUAUCAAAUCAUUUCUGGGUAACAAAUAAGUAUUUUACUGUGAUUGUAUUCAAUUAAAACAAGUAGUUUCUUAGCAAAGAGCAAUUUCUCAAGCAAGACUUUAGCUAGGACAGUUUGGGUGUGGUCUGAGUGGGGAGGGGAAAACUCAAAACUAGCUGUUAUUGGGAAGAGAGGUAUGGAACAUUUUGCUGUUGGUCUAUUAAAAAAAAUGUAUCGCAUGAUGUCACAAUGGAAAGUCUAACCUCCCGCCCAUACAAACCUGCUGAUUAGAAGGCCCUGUGUAGAUUGCAUUUUCAACCAGCAACUAUCAGGAAAUAACACUGUCAGUGUCAGUUUCAUCAGCUGUAUGAUAUUAAACACAGGAAAAACAGAA